AUGAGAUAUAUAGCUGCUGGACAGUGGUCAAAGAUGCCUGAUUAUGGGAUUUCCUUUUUGAGCGUUACAGUUGGAUGCUCGAAAGUGUAUAAGAACGGCGGGCAUUUGUUAUACGGGUUAAGUAAUGACGGAGCCAUUUUCUGUAGAGUCGGUAUUAACUCGGAAGACCCGGAAGGGAAUGACUGGGUGACGAUGGAAGGGAUACAAAACUCAGAAUCCACGGAAGAUUUAGUUUUCGUCACCUGUUGCUCCUACUAUCCUACGCUCAUUGCUGGCACUUGGGACGGGAAGUUGUUCUGGAGAUGGGGAAUAGACUCAGUGACUCCUACCGGCAUAAUAUGGCACAAUAUUCCAACUCCGAACUUGUCUGCAGUGAUCGAAGCGACAUUGGGGAUGAACACUCUGUGGGUUACAACUGUUGAAGGAGAAAUCUGGAUGCACAAGCUAGAAUUAACGAAGUGUCAGGAAAUGCAUAACUGGAAAGCUAUUACCUCUGCCACGUAUAAAAAAGUUACGGAUGGUUCUUCUGGACGUAAACGUUGUUUAACCACUUCUCGAUCUGACGUGUUGUUUUGCAUUGGCGGAGACAAUAAGCUGGAGUUACGUGAGGGUAUAUCAACCGAAGAAUCAUGUGGUCGACGCUUCGUACCUCUAGUUGAUAGAACUGAGGAGGGACUAUCCUGGAAUGCAAUUUGUGCAACUAGUUGUUCCGCAGUUCCCAACUACUGGACUAACAAAUCGUUUCAACUUAGGACAGAUUCGAACUUCAGACAUGCUAUAUGGCGAAAAGAAAUACUCCAUCGUCUCGAAAGAAAAAACGAAAAACUAUUUCACGUGUUCCGUGAGCGAAAUGGACAUACCGACGGGCAUGAAGUAGAAGACACUGAUUGGGAAUUGAUGGACCAUGGAUGGUUGAAAUCAUCAAAAGUGCAAAUAGGACUACCAUCCGAGAGAAUGUUCAAGAAUGGUGUGAUACGGGUCUCUAAGGAUAACAUAGAAAUAGCAACUGCGAAAACAAUAAUCUGCAAGAGUAGAGCUGAGCUCCAAUUAGCUGAAGAAUACACGGACAUCAAAACUAUUUGCUGUCUAGGACUCCUCUUUGUAGACUCAGGUUAUUACAAAGUUGGAUUCGCAAAUGAGAAUGAGAGAAGAGAUUGGUUAUCUCUCUUACAAGAUGUUGUUAUUAACUGUUUGAUUGAAUCGCCAAGAGACAAAAAGUUUCAAGCAGCUUGGUCUAUAUCGCAGAAUGGUCAUGUAAGAUGCCAUCCUAUGAAUGAAUUGAUCGUUGACAAGAACGGAAUUGCAAAAGCAAAGGGCUUGAGUAAAAUAAGAGGCGUACUUCUACCCGGUAGCUUCCGGCACAUUUCUGCAGGCGCUCGAAGGAUAGUGUGGGCUAUUAAUGAGGAUGGAGUUCCUUAUGUCUUGGAUCAAACCUGGUCACCUUUUCAAUCUGUCGAGUUUUCACAUCCAAUAAACGACAGCAAGACCAUUGAGAUAAGAGAAUAUCAGAAGAAUGAAAUUUUCAGAGGUUUCAUUCCCCUGGUCGGUAUUCAUAGGGGCAUGGCUGCGUGGAUGGAGAACGACUCAGUCAUAAAUGGAAAAAGCUAUCGGUUACCCUCUGAUAACUGGUCCUGGGUAGAGGAAUCAUGGGUCAAUAAGACAACAAGUGAUUGUGAUGAGGAGGGUUGGAUGUACGCGACGAAGCUACCCGGUUCAUUCGGAAAGAAACCCGUGCGGACGAGACCACUGUAUCGAGUCAGAAAUUGGCAGAGAAAAGCAAAGUACUCAAGUCAAGGACCCUGGAGAAAAGUGCAAGGCGUACAUUUAGUAGAAGUUCAUGUUCAAAAAAAUGACGAUGAAAGAAUUCUCGUAUGGGGAGUAACUACUGAUGGCAAUGUCGUUAUCCGUCAGGGAGUAGAUGGCAGCACGCCGGAGGGAUGUAUAUGGAAGCAUAUCUUGUGUGAUUACAAAAUCAGAACACUAGCAGUCGAGUCUGGCAACACUGUUUUCGCGAUUACGAGAGAAAACAAAUUGCUGAAAAGAUAUUGCAGUAGUCAAACAGAUAUGGAAUGCACAGAUUGGCAAACAAUGGAUGCCAAGAAUCUUCCCGUAGUAAUAGAAAUGGUCGCUAUGCCCGAAAAUCUAUGGUUUAUUUCAGAAGAUAGAAAACUGUGUCUAUAUUAUAUUAAAGAAGGUGUCUACUUAACUACAAUUGAUCUAGAUCAAAGAUCUCAUAUCUCGCGUGACUUAAUAGGAUCAUUAUAUAUAUCUUCGGAAUGGAACACAAAAAGGCUGAAACAUCUGGAAAUCAAUAAAAACCUUAAUCCUCAGUACAGAUAUGAAUUCGAAAGCCUAGUCAGUGCAUAUACCUUUGAUAUAAGUAUUUGUUAA